GCGAAGAUUCAGCGGCUUCCGUUUUUGCUGUGCAAACCAACCCAAAGAAGGUUAAUGUUAGGUUUGUACCAUGAAGUCAACACAUGUUUCCAACUACGUGGAUACACUGAGGGAUGGGUGUUCAGUCCCGGACGUGAAGGUGCAGCGCGUGGCACUAGGGGCGCUAGCUGGACGUGGGCUCGGCCAUGGCGGCCAAGGGCAGACACCGACCGGAGCUGCGACAGAGGGCCUAUGUGCUAAUAGUGAAGGCAACGACAGUUAGUCUGUGCACAUCAUUCCUGCCGAGGCCGAGACCAGGGGGAACAAGCAAAUUCUGCGUGCCCAAACCCAAUGCAAAUGAUGGGCAGCUCCAAGCAAACAUAAACUAUGUGUGCAGCCAAGGGGUGGAUUGCCACCCUAUCAAACCGGGAGGCUCGUGCUUCAACCCGAACAACGUCCGAGCUCAUGCCACGUACGCCAUGAACGCCUUCUAUCAGACAAAGGGCCGUCAUGAUUUCCAAUGUGAUUUCUCCGGCACCGCCACCAUAACCUCUUCCAUCCCUCCAGGGAACGGUAUGUGCAAAAACCUCACCGCGAGCAAAGUUUGAAGGGCCAUUGUCGUCGUCUGCCACACAUUGCAAGCCUACUGUUGAUCGCGAGAAACACGUAACAAAACCCCUUUCCUAGA